GGCUGAAAUAAUUUUCCAUAAUAGCUCCACUUUCCGCUACGCCAUCGCCGUCGUCUUUCUCACAAAAUCCGCCGGCAAUUUUACGGCGAUCUAGAGCCUCCGGCGAGGGCUAACCUGAGAGAGGGUUACUCUUCUUCUCUGAAGCAUUCACCUUCGUUACCCGCGAGAGAACGAGUACUGGUAUAGCGUUCUAUCGUUGCUUGCUUCGCUCCGCGAUGGUUUUAUCUCGCAAAAAGCUUAAGAAGAAGUUUCGGUCCCUUCUAGCCGAAUCCCUCGCAGCCCAUGAAUCCAAGGAACCGCACAAAGAUGCUUCGAGCGCGGCAGGAGUUAAUCAAGAGUUGCAGAUCGUUCGAGAGCUCCUGGUCACCAAAUCUCGAAGGCCUAAGCUUCUGAAGCGAGGAAAGAGGGGAAAUAAGCAGCCAUUACCGGAGGAAUUGGAGAAUGGAGAUGGAAGCUUGGAGGAUUGUCAAGGAAGCGUGAAAAAUGAGGGUUCCGUUGAUUUGAAGGCGAAAGGUGAGGGUAAAAAGAGAAAGAGAGUGGAAGAUGGAGGCCAGGAGCUGGACGAGGGUUUCAAUAAGGAGGUGCAGAAGUUGGAGAAAAAGAAGAAAGAUAGGCAAAAGAGGAAGAAAUGGAGAGAAAUGAAGCUUGAGAAGAAGGGGAAGGAGCGAGUGGAAGGGCAACAGGAGAAAAUUAAUGGUGAUGAGAUUGAUAACCUGAAUGGUGUGGGCAAAAUAGCAGAAGUGGUAGUGCCAAUGCAAGUUGAUGAGAGUGAAGCAAAGAAAGUAUACGUAGGAGGCAUUCCAUACUAUUCUAGUGAGGAUGAUAUAAGAAGUUUUUUUGAGGACUGUGGAACUGUAACUGAGGUGGACUGCAUGACUUUCCCUGAAAGUGGAAAGUUUAGAGGGAUUGCUAUACUUUCUUUCAAGACAGAUGGUGCCGCCAGAAGGGCUUUAGCUUUAGAUGGCUCUGAUAUGGGAGGCUUUUUUCUAAAGAUUCAGCCUUACAAAGCGAGCCGCAACCCAAAAUCCGAUUUUGCGCCGGAGAUUAUUGAUGGAUACAACCGCGUCUAUGUUGGGAAUUUGGCUUGGGACAUAACAGAGGAUGACCUGAAGCAAUUCUUCUCAGAUUGUAAGAUCUCAUCAAUCAGAUUCGGUACAGACAAGGAGACCGGCGACUUCAAAGGCUAUGCUCACAUCGAAUUCGCCGACUCCGUCUCCCUCACCAUCGCAUUGAAGCUUGAUCAGAAGUUGGUGUGCGGCCGGCCGGUCAAAGUGCGAUGUGCCGUGCCGAG